CCACCAUCGCACUGGUCGACCAUCAUACCCACCCAUCUGCCUCCAACCACUAUAUCAACUCCAUCAGUGACGUAACCCCCCAUCCCCUCACCCACAAGUGCCUACCCCAACCAUACCUCGCUGCCAACACCCGAUGAAACCCUCCCCCUAUCAUCUUCUUCGUCUCCUGCGCUUCUUCUUUCUCUGUCUCUCGUGAUCUUCACACAAAGCUCAAACGCGCACACACAGCAGUCCACACUCACACAAAAUCAGCUUACCGUCUAUUUUGCGUCAUCUCUUGAUUUCUUUUUCUUGUCACAAACACACGUAGAGUUUCACACUCGCACAAAAGCAGCCACCGCCACCGAAAAACCACCAAAUUCUACUAUAUUCUCCUCGCAAUUUCAACAUCCCGCAGCCCCAUCAACCAAACUCAUUGAGGCAGAAAAUAUACAAUGACCGUUCAAGCUUCACCUUAUCUAUCGAUCUGUUUGUCUUUCUCUCUCUCUAAGGCUAAAACAUCUUGGACGACAAUCCAACCGGGGCAUAAGCUAUUCAGAGUUAAAUUAUUGAAAUUUUGAACUUGAAAUCCUAUCUGCUGGUCCUAAAAAUAGCUUAGUUGCUAAGAAAAGUGAGGCAAUGGAAAAGAAAAUCAAACCUUCAACUUUAUAUUUUAUGUGAUGCUAGUUUCCGACAUAUGAAGAUAUUAUCAACUGAGAUGAAUAGUUGUUGUUUUAAGCUUAAUUGGUAUUGAUUUUCUAGUUAUUAUGUGCAUUGCAGAUGAGUGUCUCAAUAUGAAAAGGUUUGGCAUAUUAACAUAAUAACAUGGUUUGGACAUGGAUAUGGUUAGGGAAUAUUCUUGUUUUAGGAUGGAUAUUGGUUUAGUGCUACGUUUUGUUUUUGUUUGAGUUUUCUAAGACACAAAAUUUCAUCAUUUGAGUGAACUUUUUUGUAUCUUGAGAAUUUUUCUUUUCAUAGGUUGAUUGGUAAGAAUGGCGGAAGUGAACGAAGAAGUCAAAUCCUUUAAAGAUCUCGGAGUAUGCGAUCAAUUGGUGGAGGCUUGCGAUAAUUUGGGGUGGAAAAACCCAUCCAAGAUACAAGCUGAAGCCAUUCCUCAUGCACUGGAAGGGAAGGACCUGAUUGGGCUUGCACAAACAGGUUCCGGUAAAACUGGGGCUUUUGCAAUCCCCAUACUCCAAGCUCUUUUGGAGACUCCACAAGCAUUCUUUGCCUGUGUGCUUUCUCCAACACGGGAGCUAGCGAUUCAGAUUGCUGAACAAUUUGAAGCUUUGGGAUCUGGCAUUGGUGUGAAAUGCGCAGUGUCGCAGACUUACAGUUAG